AUGGAAUGCUUCCUGCCAGGUGACGACGGUGAGGAGAACUCACCGCAAUAUGGAGGAGACGUACGAAUCUGCACUGCAUGUAUCAAGAGAGAACGGAAGCGAGCUGCACGGAAGAAGUUUCGGAAAUCGAAGGAAGAAAAUUUCUGGGGUCAGGACGAGGAGCGACGACGUGUGGUUAUAUUCAACACCCGCGAAUUGAGGACUGGCAACCUUGCAGUGGCUUGCUUUCACAGCGGUUCCUCUGACCCAGCGACUUCUCCUAGCGCCCUGCAAAUCAAUGCUCCCAUGCGAAUCGCAUGCUGUUGCAGACAUCACGACGAAACGGUGGGCUUUCAUGCCAUAUUUACCAUUAAGGACUUUCAGGGUCACGUCGUUCCGCAGGUUAUGUCAAGCCCUAUCAUAAUUACGGACAAUCACAAAACUCAAGUGUCGGAAAUGAUCACGUCGGUUCCAGUCCUUCACAAUAUUCCGCGGGUUGCCAAUGGCGAAAAUGGCGUGCUGAACGUCCAAAACGGGGCAUUCGUACAAACAAACGAUGAAAGGCCUGCUGCCCAAGACGGUGGACAGACACGAUACCAAUGUUCGACACUCAAAGAGAUACGCACCAGCACCAGCACUUCGACGAUAACGAAUCGGAUGCUAUCUCGACCCGCAUCGCCAAACCAUGAAGGGCCCGCCAAGAAGAAGUCGAGUAGUUCCGAAGCUUCCAAGGGACCUACGAUGAUGAAGCUGCACACCUCAAAGCUCGGGCGAGUCUUUGGGUCUCUCCAUGGUCAACCGCAGUUUGGCAACGGUUUCCAAACACAGGAUAGUAGUGACCAAGUUCCAUUGCUCUCCGAGCGUUCAGCAAGUACGGACAAUCUGGCUAUGAUAGAAACGCAUUCUGUGCCUACCUCAAGCUAUCCUAGUCGCGCUAUGAGCCCCCAUGGGUUGAGCAACAGGUUUGCGAACGGAGCGCAGAAUCCGGUUACACCCCACUUAUUUGCCAAUCAUUCAUUGUCCUUGGACGUCAAUCAGACGCAAGCACUACCAGUCAUUCAUAAGAUUAUCCCGGACGAAGGACCGAAGUUUGGUGGUGUUGAAGUAACUCUUCUCGGUGUUGGAUUUUCUCAAGGAUUAGACGCCUGGUUUGGCGAGCAAAAGGCUACUACCACAACAUACUGGGGUGAUUCGUCUCUCGUGUGUUUAUUGCCUUCUUCCCCAGUUGCUGGUAACGUCGUGGUUACGUUCAAGGACCAAGGGGUUCUUGAGUCCAAUCACGUCCUCUUGAAUAGCCGGCUAGCUACCUUCAAGUACAUUGACGACAACGAGAGUAUGGUCAUUCGCACAGCUCUCUCUGUCCUUGGACGAAUAAUGUCGGGCCAUAUAGACGACGUCAUCGAUUUGGCGCGCAGAAUUUUAAAUGACGGAAAUUAA